AUUCCGAAGGUUAGAGUGAGUCACAGUGAAGAUGACACUAACAAAAGGAAUGGUAGACUGCCCCUUGUGCGGUAGGGCCUAUGCUGCCCUGGCCAGCCUCUUCAUAAGGGGCCAUCAUGUGGUGAACCUGGCAGAGAGAGCCAUUCUGUGCAACAUGUCGACCGGGAGGAUCCUCAUCAGGGCAGAGCCUUGUCCAGCAGCCGGGUGCUCGUACCAUAGCAGCCGGCUGGACAAGCACAUCACCAAUAGCCACCAGGAGCUGACCACCGCGCUGAGGGCUCGCCUGAUGGCAGAUGCCAAGCAUCGCAAGGCCCUACAGAUGCUGGCAGAGCUGAGGGCGAGCACCCCAGCGGUGCCGAUGGUCAGCUCCCUGGAUAUCGAGGUGGACGAGGUGGUCGUGGGGCCCGCCCAGAAUGAGGAGGAGAGGUGCGACCUCCCCCGCUGUGUGGAAAAACGGGCCAGGAAUGUGGACCUGGAGGCCCAGGUCAGAAGACUGACUGUGGAGCUGCAGGGGGCACUUUGGUUGCCUCCAGACCAAGAGGCUCCGGAGAGCAAAGGCUGCUCCCCACCUGCCUGCUGCCCACCUGCCUGCUGCCCCCCCUCACCUGCUGCUCCCUACCUGCCUGCUGCUGCCCACCUGCCUGCUGCCCCCCCUCAGCCUGCUCCCUACCUGCCUGCUGCCCACCUGCCUGCUCCCUACCUGCCUGCUGCCCCCCCUCAGCCUGCUGCCCACCUGCCUGCUGCCCCCCCUCAGCCUGCUGCCCACCUGCCUGCUGUCCCCCCUCAGCCUGCUGCUCCCCACCUGCCUGCUGCUGCCCACCUGCCUGCUGUCCCCCCUCAGCCUGCUGCAGAGGAGGAGGGGGAGGAGGAGGCACCCCCACCACCACCCUGUCGCGGGCGCCGUAAGAAGCGGUACAACAUCUUCUACCUGUCCUCCUCCAGCGAAGAGGAGGAGUCCGGGACCUCUUCCCUGGAGGAGGAGCAGGAGAAGACGCGCCGGAUCUCUUAA